GUUACAUUAUUUAUAGUUUUGUUAUGUCUUCUGUGUUUUCUGCCUACUGUCAUUUAUUUUGACUUGUCUUUUGUCUAGUACGUUUGUGUUUAGUUGAAUUUUUUAGCACUUCUAAAAUAGUUUAAGUGGCAAAGUCAAAAAUCUAAAUAAAAGUAUUUUUCCUAAAUUAAACUUACUAUGGCUAAUGUUAAAACAUAUAAUCCUCUAAUACAAGAAAGGAAUGGGGGUGUUAGAGAAGUAGGUGGAGCUGCUGUUUGGAGCUUAAGCUCUUGCAAACCUGGGUUUGGAGUGGAGAGGCUUCGAGAUAAUUGUAUGGACACAUACUGGCAAUCAGAUGGACAAUUACCUCAUUUAGUAAAUAUUCAAUUUCAAAGGAAAACUACAAUCAGUCAAAUUUAUAUAUAUACGGAUUAUAAACUUGAUGAGAGUUACACUCCAAGUAGAAUAUCCAUUAGAUCCGGGACGCAUUUUAACGACUUACAAGAAAUAGAAGUUGUAGAUCUUUCUGAACCAACUGGCUGGGUUCCCAUUCCAAUAAAAGACAGCAGAGAUAAAACGCUGAGAACUUUUAUGAUUCAAAUAGCUGUGAUAUCAAAUCAUCAGAAUGGACGCGAUACACAUAUGAGACAAAUACGAAUUCAUUCACCUGUAGAAGGUCGUAAUUAUCCUUUAGAGCUCUAUGGAAAAUUUAAAACUGUUGAACUCCAGCAAUUCACAACGAUCAGAUAGUUUCAUCUUAAAUAAAGUUUUUUUUUGGAAAUACAUAACA